AUGUCAGAAAGAUUUGGUUUUUUAACAGACCCAAAGUUAACCUCUAAUUAUCAUGGAAAUAAAAAGAAUAGUAAUUAGAAUAGUUUUCAGCAUGAUCAAAAUGCCUCUUUGUAAGAAUACGAUUUCGAUUUCACAGAAGAAGAGUACAUUGAAUUUUUGAAAUAAGCAAAUAAAUACGAAACUAACCCGUACAUGAGAGAUAUAAGUUAGCAAGAAUGUGAUGAAUUUUAAAAGAAAUUAGAUAAUAAAUAUAUUUAAAGGAUAUGGAAAUCAUUUAGAGAAAGUGGUAAUAGCGAUUCAGGAAAAAUAUCAAGAUAAGUGUUCAAAAAAGUUUUCAUUAAUAUAAUUGAUGAUUAAGUUAGAGAAUUAUUUCUAGAUGCUCUCUUUGAAAGGUUUAAAUUGGAAAAAUUAAGUGAAAAAUUCGAAGAUUCUGAGUUCAGUAAAAUAGUGACUUAGUAGAAUAUUGAUGCUGAAAAAGUUGAUAUUUAAGAUUUGGUAAUUUCUUUAACUAUUCUUGCGAGAAUGAGCGAAGAGCAGAAGCUAAAGUUAAUUUUCACCUUAACAGAUGUUGAUGAAGAUGAAUGUUUGUCCACUGAAGAUAUUAGAAAAAUGAUAUAAAGAAUAGAAAGAAAUUUUACAGUAGAGUAGUCUCAUAUUUACUCAGAGAGUUCUUGCCUUGCACAAGAAUUUGCUUUAAAUAAAUCAUAGCGUAGGUAUUAGUGGACAAUUUAUAAUUUAGGAUAGAAGGAUCUAACAAAAGAUAAUACUAAGUAAGAGGCGGGAUCAAUAAGUGGUAGUUAUGAAUUAGAUGAAAAUAAGCUAAUUACAUGGGAGGAAUUCAUAGAAUGUCUAAAUAAAAAGCAAAAUUUGAAGAGAAAAUUUUUACCUAACAACUAUUUAUUAUAUCAUUGUUUGAAAAACACAAACAAAGAAAAAGAGUACAAAAUUAACAGUGAUAAUGCAAAUGACUUUGAUGUUUUCAGAAAACUGAUACACUUGAAGCUGAGAAAUUUUUAUGAAAAAGAUUACACACAAGCUUAUCCUCUCAAAGAAAAAGGUAUAAGGUACCCAGGAAAAAUAAAAAUUGAACCUCCUCCACCUGAUAAAAAAUCUGAUUUACUUCCUAAUUUUUAAAAGACAACUGAUCAAAAGAAGUUGAACACAUUUGUUAAAGAUUUCAAGCAACAAACAUCUAACUUAUAAAAGAAUUUCAUUGAAGAGCAGUUGAAAAAAAUGGAAAGUUAAGAAGACAGCUACAGCAAGUAGUUUGGUUCAAAGCCAGAAAACUCAAAUAACUUAAAAAAAUUCAUUGAGAUAUUAGAGAAAUAAAAAGGAAUGAAUGAGGUAUUAGACAAAUAUAGAGCAAUGAAAGACAACCAGAUAGAUUUUAAAAUAUGA